CUGCACGGUGCUUCCCCUGCAACGGGCCGAAAAGUAUGUAUGCAUCUCGUACACAUCCCGCACGCGGUGGCCACACAUGCCUUCAGAUCCAAAUUAAGUUUGCAACCGCCCAGCCACGGGAGCCCGAGACCAUCAGAACCGCCUUCGCAUGACCUGCGCGCAUCGACUCCGUGCAGCCCUCCUUCCCAGAGGAUGCGACCAUGGGCAUCUUUGGUAUAGCGUGCGCCACAUUCAAGGCCGAGCUUGCCCCGCGUCUGCACUCAUGAUCACUGUAUGGUUCGGUAAGGGUCUCGUCGUGGAUAUAAGUGUCGUUCUAAAGGAGGAUUGGGGACCACGGACGACAGCCCAGAGCAGGUUGCCGCUAUGCUUCUGCGUGUCUCGUCUGCCUGGUGUCUCCUUGUCGCCGCAGUCUUCAUCGCUGCACCAUGCGCCGCUCAGGGCAACGCAGUGUCGACUGCGAGCGCGCCGACCGCCAGCACGGUGAACGGGACUUACACCGGCCGGUACGUGCCCGAGUACAACCAGGACUUCUUCCUCGGCGUCCCAUUUGCACAACCACCACUUGGCGACUUGCGCUUUGCGAACCCGCAGUCGCUGAAUUCCUCCUUCACCGGGGUCCGGUCUGCAACCGCCUACAGUCCUGAAUGCGUGGGAUACGGAAGCGACCAGUGGGGAUACGCGAUCAGCGAGGACUGCUUGUACCUCAACGUGAUUCGACCUGCGAACUACUCGGACUAUGACGAGCCACUGCCCGUCGGCGUGUGGAUCCACGGAGGAGGCUUUUUCGAGGGCGGCACGCCCGACCAGCGAUACAACCUCUCGUUCAUCGUGCAAAACGGGAUGGAGGUGAACAAGCCGUUCAUCGGUGUAUCCAUUGGGUAUCGUCUCUCAGCCUGGGGGUUCUUGGCCUCGGGCCAGCUUGCGGGGGAGGGCACGAACAACAUGGGGCUGAGGGAUCAGAGGCUGGCUUUACACUGGAUCCAAGAGAAUAUCGCGGCGUUUGGUGGUGAUCCGACGAAGGUCACGAUAUGGGGUGAAAGCGCCGGUGCGCAAUCGGUCGGCUUCCACCUCGUCGCCUAUAACGGGCGAGACGAAGGCCUCUUCCGCGGCGCCAUCAUGGAGUCUGGGAACGCGCUGCAAGCAAACGCGAUGUUCACCGCGGACUACUAUACGCCGAUGUACCAGGCACUCGUCGACAACGUCGGGUGCACUGAGUCGAUCGACGUGCUCGGGUGCCUCCGCGCGACGCCCUUCGAUACGAUCAACGCAGCGCUCAACACCACGAACGCGACACUGUGGUUCGCAGUGAUCGACGGGGAUAUGUUCACGAAGGUGGCGAGUUAUCAGCUCGAGGCGGGCGAGUACGUGCAUGUGCCGAUUAUCUCGGGGGCGAAUACAGACGAGGGCACGUCGUUUGGGCCGACGGGUGUCAACACCUCGGAGCAGUUCCUGGAGGUCCUUGCAUCGGGAACCAUCCAUCCGUUCAUUGGAAUCGCACCUGCACUUGGGGAUUUGAUUCUGAAUGCAUACCCGGACGAUCCCUGUGAAGGCAUUCCUGUGGACCUCGGUUGCACACGCCUCAACGACAGCUAUGGACUAGAGUACCGACGGACGUCUGCCUAUGCAGGUGAUGCUACCUUCAUCGCUGCCCGUCGCUAUCAGUGUCAGACCUGGACGGCGGGAGGCAACGCUGCGUACUGCUAUCGCUUCAACACGCGACCCAACGGGCUGUCCAUCUACUCCGGCGUUAGCCACUUCCAGGAGGUCGCCUUCGUCUUCGACAACACGGGCGGUUACGGAUACGACGUUACUCCCGACCCAUUCGGCGGGGUCCCGGAGAGCUACUACAGUCUGGCGAAGCUGAUGAGCAGCUCUUGGGCGAGCUUCAUCAACGACCUGGAUCCGAACAGCUUCAGGCUUGGGGAUACCGAGACGCCUCUCUGGCCGGUUUACGACAACAGCAAUCCUCAGGACAUCGUCUGGGAUGCGAAUGUCACGGCUCUUGCGUGGGUUGAGGCUGAUACGUACCGUGCUGAUGGAAUCAACACGAUCCUUUCGCUGAAUCGUGCCUUCCAUCGUUGACACUUGGGUUCCGAGCGGGUUCUACCAUACGUGAUGUUCAUUGUUGUCCAUUGAGCAGGGUU